ACCUGUACACGUAGCCAGUUUUCAUAAAACCACGGUCAUAAUGCUGUCCAUCUUUGCCAGAAGGUGUUUGGGAACAGUUGGACGCAGUGUCAUUCCUAAGGCUUGCCAAUUUUCUACACAAAUCGGUGAAAACCGAGCUGAGAAAGGACUUGUUCUUGGACUCUAUGAACAAGAAAUUGAUACUGAAGAACCGCGCCUCUCACCUACCGCCAUCCAUUUUGAUGCGAAAACCGAUGGACAACUUUUGAACCUCAUCAAAGAAUGCAACCUUAAGGGCAAGCUGGGGAGUGUGAAGGUGUUCAACAAUUUGGACCCUGAAAUCGGAUCGAUUGCCAUCGUUGGACUGGGCAUCGAGGGAGCCGGGUUCAACGAACUCGAAAUCAUUGAUGAGGGUAUGGAAAAUGUGCGCAUUGCUGCCGGCGUAGGCGCGAAGAUGUUGGCCAACGAAGGCUGCACACAGAUAUACGUCGAUCCAAUGGACUAUCCGGAACAGGCUGCGGAGGGAAGUGGUCUCGCAACAUGGCGCUAUCAGGCCAACAAAACAAAGAAGGACCGUAAGCCCAUUCCGAAGCUAGAUCUGUACGAUUCGACCGAAGUCGACGCUUGGACUCGGGGACUUUUUAAAGCGGAUGCACAAAAUUUGGCCCGCAGUUUAUCGGACGGUCCUGGUAACCAGAUCACGCCGACGUCAUUCGCUCAGGCAGCUGUCGAUGCUCUUUGCCCAUGCGGAGUCAAUAUCGAGGUACGCAACAAAGACUGGGCCGAAGCGAAAAGCAUGUCCUGUUUUCUGUCUGUAGCCAAGAGCUCCUGUGAGCCGCCAAUUUUUCUCGAAAUCAGCUACUGCGGAGACGAUAAAUCGGGUCGUCCGAUUAUGCUCGCAGGGAAAGGCAUGACAUUCAACAGCGGAGGAUUAUGCUUGAAGGAUCCGGAAGAUAUGGCCAAGUAUCGGGCCAGUAUGGCCGGUGCUGCCACAGUCGUUGCCACAAUACGUGCAGCUGCCGCACUCUCGCUUCCGGUGAAUCUGGUUGGGCUAAUUCCAUUGUGUGAGAAUAUGCCUUCGGGAAUGGCAUUCAAGCCGGGCGAUGUCAUCACGGCCAUGAAUGGUAAGACAGUAGCCGUCCACGACACGAACAAUGCCGGACGGUUGAUGUUGGCGGAUGCGUUUAUCUACGGACAAACCACCUUCAAGCCGAAAAUUGUUGUCGAUGUGGCCACACUCUCGGACGGUAUUAUCCAUGCACUAGGAGGCGCUGCGAGCGGCGUCUUUUCCAACUCUGACUUUUUGUGGUCUCAGAUACAGAAAGCCGGUGCCCUCAGCGGCGACCGUGUUUGGCGUAUGCCGUUGUGGCAAUACUAUACUCAUAAAGUCACUGAUUACAGCAACGUGGACAUCAGCAAUGCUGGCCGCGGCAAGGGAAGUGCCUGUUUAGGUGCGGCUUUUUUGAAAGAGUUUGUACCAUGUGUGGACUGGGUACACAUGGACAUAACGGGUGUUGGAAUGCUCAAGAGAGGUGCCGGUAUUCCGUAUCUCGAAAAUGAUCGAAUGACUGGGCGUCCAACGCGAACAUUGAUUCAAUUCCUUUACCAAAUGGCCUGUCCCGAGCAACAGAAGCAGGGUCUCAUCGAGCAAAAGAAAACAUAA